AUGACGCCGUCACCCCCAAAUAAAUCCAAUCAAGCACAGCAACAACAACAGCAGGAAUCUCCUCUGCUCCUGGCAACCUCUUCCAACAGCACUGCAGCGGCUGGACGCACCAAAUCUCCAGCUUGGACGGUUGCCGAUCUGUUUGCGGAGCCUCCUGCGCUGGGAAUCUUUUACCACCUAUGUGGUACUACCUAUGAUCUUUGUACCCCCGUGGGUACUACCAUUGGAGCCGCAAUAGCUUUGCCGGUAUUUUCCAAAACUCGUCCGUUCUUGCAAGUAGCUGGGACUGGGGGACUGAUUGGUGGCGGCCUUGGCUUGAUGCUUGGGGCAGCAGCCUACACAUCUGUCUCUCAAGGGUUCAUGCCCCCCAAGAAAGGUUCUCUCCCAUGGGACGAACAAGGGAUCCUCGAACGCCGAGACAAGAUUGCUACCAAUACCAUGAUCCGAUCAUUGGAUGCUGGAACCUACAUUGGUAUUUUGAUGGGCGCCCUUGCCAUGGGCAUUGCUGGUGGCCCUGCGGCACUUUCACUGCGUACGGGAGUCUUGGGCGUUGGUCAAGGGCUAUCGUUGGGUGCCACGGCUGGAAGCCUUGCGACCAUUGGAUAUCUUUCGGUGCAAGCCAAGGAGGACGAAGUCCAAACUGACAAACCUUGA